AUGUCAAGACUCGGAUUUUGGCGACAACACCCAGGUUACCAUUUUGCAAAUCCGAUUUUCGAUCCAGAUUGUCCUAGCACUUGGUUCCUGCAAUUCGAAAACAUUCUCAGGACAAAAGGCAUUACCAAACGUACUACCUGGUUUCGUUACGCCGCUGGAUCACUACCGGGAUCCAUCGUGAAUCAAAUCUGCAAUAUAAUCGAUAAACAAGCAGAUAUUAAUUUUUAUGAGCGACUAAAGCAAGCGGUUAUCAGUCGAUACACUUCCUCUCAACAUGGCGAUCGAUCCCCAUCUCAACUACUAAGCCACAUUCGCUCCUUAGCUAGUAUUAAUGCCAUCAAGACUUCUCCUUCUGCUAGUAUCGAGAACAAUCAAUUGGAGGCUAUAGUCGAUCAGUUAAAGAGUCUGACGAUCCUAAUAAAAGACGUGAUUGCCAAAGUCUGA